UGUCAAGUGAUACCUGUGCUAAGCCUAGUUAUACAGUUUUAUAGAAGUUUUCAGGCUGUAUAAUCGAUUGUAAGCCAAUACUUGUCGAUGUCAUGCUUUUUCAACGAUAAGCGUGGAGAGUGUGAUCGGAGAAAGUAUCAAGCGUGCAUGUGAUUGGCCUUUUGUGGUGUCCACGCCCAGUUUUAUUGGUUCUGAAUUUACCAUUCCUCUUGAAGGGGGCCACUUUAACUUGUCAUUAUCAACUCUAUAGCUGGUGUCAAGCAUGCAGGGUGUACCGCCGCUCUUUGUUUGCGAUAAUGAUAGCACGCUUAAUCCAUGCAACGAGGGAUAAUAAGACAAAUGCCCGUUUUUUUUCACAGCACUCAGCCGGUGGCGACUGGCCAAUCGGUGCCAAACUUGGCAAUUUCCCAAAUUUGCCGUGACUGCAGGGUGGUUCCAGAAACGCUCCUGGUUCCUCUGCUAUGGCAGCAUUAGAAGAGGAGAAGAAAACUCGGAAGCCGGCUGAUGGUCGGUUUCGUCAGCAACGUCUGCCUGCUUGGCAGCCUGUGCUUACCCCGAAAACCGUGCUACCCACUCUUAUUAUUGUUGGUAUUCUGUUUACACCUAUAGGCGGAUUACUAUAUUGGUCCACGAAUCGGGUGGAUGAAAUCAUGCUCAACUAUUCCUACUGCGGCAGAUACGAGAAUCCAGUGUACAUGGCUUCGAGUCUUCAGAGUUACCGGUUCUCGGAUAUGAACAACUAUACGUCCAUGGAGUACCCAGCAUAUCACGUUCACAAUGAAACAAGCUUUUUGAAUCCUGAAUGGAAGAAUCCCAACAAUAUCACUGUUCGACGCUGCACCAUCGAUUUCACUGUCCCCAAAACCAUGAAAGGACCGAUUUUCCUCUAUUAUCGUCUCACCAAUUUCUACCAAAACCAUCGUCAAUAUAUCAAAAACUAUGAUCCCAAUCAGCUCCUUGGCAACGUGGUCUCUCGAUCGACUCUCAGUGGCAACUGCGAUCCUCUGGCAACCGCCCCGGACGGUCGUUUAAUCUAUCCUUGCGGAUUAAUCGCCAAUUCCAUGUUCAACGAUACAAUUUCAAACUUUACACGUAUCGAUGGUGAUCAAGCGGCGAGUUAUACCUUUCAAAAAACGGGCAUUGCUUGGCCAACGGAUAAACAAAAGUACAGACCGACGCAAUAUGCCACCGACCAAAUAGCACCUCCACCCAACUGGUCUUUGCGUUAUCCUAACGGCACGUACGACGACGCGCAUCCUCCGCCAGAUUUAUCCACAGAUGAAGCUUUUAUGGUAUGGAUGCAUGUGGCUGCGUUACCUGAUUUCCGCAAGAUCUGGGGAAGAAACGACCAGGAUGACCUGGUAGCCGGACGUUGGCGAGUGUCCAUUGAUAUGAACUUUGAUACAUUGCAGUACGAUGGUACGAAAUGGCUUGUGCUUUCGACGACGACACCUUUGGGUGGACGCAAUCCUUACUUGGGUAUCGCGUACAUGGCCAUUGGGGCUCUGUGCUUAUUGCUUGGCGCGAUCUUUGCUGCGCGACACUUAAUUAAGCCGAGAAAACUGGGUGAUCCAUCGUACCUUUCAUGGAAUCAACCCGGUGGUGGUCUUCCUAGUACAAAGCGUGCCCAUCAUUUGCACAAAGAAUAAUCCGAGAACAAAAACCGGUGUAGAAUAUAGAUCUCUUUGUUAUAUUGCCAUUCACCUCUCCAGUUUAUAUGAACAUCAGUAUCCUUAUUUAUCCCCAAAUACACAUCUGAAUAGUCAGUCAUCUUUGUAUAUUUUGUUGUUUCACAAUCGGUGGGCAGGCACCUUUUUUUUCUAAUUCAAGCACGACAAAGAAGAAUGAAGCUUGUAGGUGGAAUUACAUGAGCGGAUAUUCGAGGCCCCAAAUUUUGAGAGCAAUCUGAAUGAGAAAGGGUGGUGAAUUGAUCGACGGGCUGGGGUCGGGAUUGCCAAAAGGCGAUCCAAAUGAGAGCCGUCACAUUCUCGGAAAUCCCGUUUCUAGUCUUUUGUUGGUUCCAA